AUGCCUGGAUUUGUGCCUCUUCUUUAUACUUGGAAGACGAUUGGUGCUACAUCAUGGGCAAUGGUUUUCUCAUUGAUACCAUUUUUCUUUAUUAAUGUAUUUUCAACAUUUCUCGGUCACCAUCUCGAAUAUAUUCCUUUCUUUGUUUCAUAUAUCGGUUUACCAUUCUUAAUUCUCUUCUACAUUUUAUGCCUAACAAGUGUUCCAGAAAGAUAUUAUACUCUCUCGAAAACAGAAUUCUUUUAUAGAGUUAUCUUCAUGACUCUCCAUAUAUUUUGGCUUUGGCAGCUAGGUUUGACAUCAUCAGAUUACAGAGAAUCGUUUAUUGUUUCAUUAGUCGUUACUUUCAUUACAAUGAUGACAGAAAAAUUCGUUUUACUUUUUAAACUCGAAAAGCGAUCAAGAUUCCAAAAAGUAUUUGGAUUUUACAGCCCACCAAUUAUUGCUAUUGUUGUAACAUCCAUAAUUUUAGCUUUUACUUUUAAUUCAAAAAUUAUCGCUACAGUUGUUGUUGAUUUUGUUAUUUCUUCGCUAAUAUUAACAAUAGCUGCAGUAGUUGCUGGAGAACGUGUCAGCUUCCAAGGAAAUGGCUUACAACGCCUUAUUAUGUACUUAAACUCUCCAGACGAGUAUUUACAAUUCCUUGCUUACAUAGAUCUCUAUGCAAUUGCAAGAGGACCUGUGACACGUCGUUCUACAAUACUUCGAGACACUUCUUUGCAAUCUAUCAAUUCUAUUCUCAAACCAUGCCAAGAAAUUCUUACGAAAUACGCUCAACAGCAACAGCAAAUCCAAAAAUACCAAAGCCAUAUCUUCAGUCCACUUAGAGAAGGAAUUUUAACAAAAAUUUACAAGAAGAUGGUCGCAGCUCAAAUGAAGCUCUUGCGUGAGAAGCUUGCUCUUCAAUGGUCCAUUGUUGUCAUGUUAGAUGUCGAAAGUCUCAUCAUUCUCCUUUCAUCCAAGAAUGAUACUUUUGGAAUCAUGCAAACUCAAAUGAAAAACGUCAAAAAGAAUCUCGAAGACAUUCGUGACGUUGUAAUACAGACAAUUCAGACGUAUUCAUGGUCAACACCUGAUUUUGGCCACAAAUACGCUUAUAAGACUCCAAAAGAACUUGUUCUUGCAACAUACAACUCUAUUAACAAUGCUAUUGAUGCUCUUUCUCGUCUUGGUGUUAACUAA